AUGACUAUAAAGGAUUUGGAUACCCAGAAUUUGCUAAUGAGUCUGCUAAUCGAAAUUGAAUUUUCUUUCAUUUCAGAAAAUGGCCAGAAAAGCUGGCUUUCUCCUCAGAUUCUCUGUUAUUGCAACAAACAAACCCAUAAAUCCCAUAUUGUUUCAUGUCUCUUUCUCCUUCUCCUCGGUUCCUACCCCCCAAUUCGAACAAACCCAACAGCGCGAAAUCCUACAAAACCAUAGCAACACUAUUAGCGGCAAAGACCAUGAACGCUUUGAACAAAUGGACAAGCUUCAAUUUUUGCUUCAACAAGGCAGCACAGAAGCCGCCUAUAGCUUUACCAAGUCCAUUGUUCUAUCAAAAUCGUUAUUCUCUACACCCUCUGAUCUCCUUUCUUGUUUCUCUUCAUUCUUUCCUUCAUUACGAUUCAAACUGUCAAACAUGUUAUUUUCUGUUUGUUGCGGCUCAAAAAUGCUCGACCAAGCUACAGAAUUAUACGAUUUCAUGAAGAGAGAUGGUAAGCUUCCUCCUCUUGCUUCUUUGAAUGUGUUGCUUAAUUCUUUGGUGGACUCGAAGCAAUUUGAUAAGGUUCUUGUUUUGUUUACGGAGCUUGUGGAGUCGGGCUUUAGGCCUGAUACAGCUAUGUACGGUAAGGCUGUGCAGGCGGCAGUGAAAUUGGGGGAUGUAAAGAGGGGCAUGGAGUUGCUUGAUUCCAUGAAAAAGAGAGGGGUAAGAACUAACGUGUUUGUUUACAAUGUUUUGAUUGGUGGAUUAUGUAAGGAGAAGAGGAUAAGAGAUGCACAGGAGCUGUUUGAUGAAAUGAGGAGGAGGAAUUUGGUGGGGAGCACUGUCACUUAUAACACGCUUAUUGAUGGAUACUGUAAGGUUGGGGAGGUGGACACAGCAUCUAAAAUGAUGGAGAGGAUGAAGGAAGAGAAUGUGCCCAUGAAUAUCAUUACUUUCAACUCAUUGCUUAGUGGGCUUUGUAAGAUGAAGAGAAUGGAGGAGGCAAGAAAUAUACUGAAGGAGAUGGAAGUGAAUGGUUUUGUGCCUGAUGGAUUUACUUACAGCAUCUUUUUUGAUGGGCUUUUUAGGAGUGCUGAUUGGAAUGGUGCUAUGGAUUUGUACGAAUCAGCUACUAGAAAAGGAAUUAAGAUUAAUAAUUACACUGGUAGCAUUUUGUUGAACGGGUUAUGUAAAGAAGGAAAAGUGGAGAAGGCAGAGGAGAUUUUGGAGAGGCUUAGAAAAAAUGGACUUGUUCCAGAUGAGGUUAUUUACAACACUAUGGUGAAGGGGUAUUGUCAAAUAGGUGAUAUUAAUAAAGCCAUUAUGAUUAUUGAACAAAUGGAGAGUUUGGGGCUGAAGCCAAAUUGCAUAACUUUUAACUCUUUGAUUGAUAAGAUCUGCGAAAUGCAAAAGAUGAAUGAGGCAGAGGAGUGGGUAAAGAAGAUGGCAGAGAAGGGAGUUGCACCAAGUGUGGUAACAUACAACACCCUUAUCAAUGGUUUUGGAAAGUUGUGCACUUUUGAUAGGUGCUUCCAGAUUCUUGAAGAAAUGGAAGAGAUUGGGGUAAAGCCGAAUGUUGUAACCUAUGGUUCUCUCAUAAAUUGUUUAUGCAAGGAUGGAAGGAUUCUUGAGGCAGAAAUAGUUGUCAGGGAUAUGAUCGGAAGAGGGGUUUUGCCUAAUGCACAGAUUUACAAUAUGUUGAUUGAUGGGAGUUGUGCGGUGGGGAAAUUGAAAGAUGCUUUAAGGUUCUUUGAUGAGAUGUUGAGAAGUGAAAUAGGUGCAACCCUUGUAACAUACAAUGCACUUAUUAAUGGGCUCUGCAAGAAGGGAAGAUUGAUGGAAGCUGAAGACCUGCUUCUACAAAUUACUAGCAGUGGUUAUAGUCCAGAUGCAAUCACAUACAACUCGUUAAUUUCAGGCUAUGCAAAUGCAGGAAAUGUCCCAAAAUGUCUUGAGCUAUAUGAAACUAUGAAAAAGUUGGGAAUAAAACCAACUAUAAAUACAUUUCAUCCGCUAAUCAGUGGAUGCAGUAGACAAGGGAUAGAGCUUGUAGAGACACUGUUUGCUGAAAUGUUGCAGUUUAAUUUGGCUCCUGAUCGAGUUGUGUAUAAUGCAAUGAUUCAUAAUCAUGCUGAAAUCGGAAGUCUUCGAAAGGCAUAUGAACUCUAUCACGAUAUGAUAGACCGGGGAGUUCAAACAGACAAGAUGACUUAUCAUAGUUUGAUUCUGGGUCAUAUAAGGGAGGGAGAGUUGUCAGAAACUAAAGGUCUUGUUGACAGUAUGAAGGCCAAAGGAUUAGCCCCUAAUGCUAAUACAUAUAACAUUUUGGUUAAGGGACAUUGCGACAGAAAGUAUUUUGGUGUAGCAUAUAUUUGGUGCAGAGAAAUGAUUGAAAACAAUUUCCACCCUAGUGUUAGUAUUUGCAAGGAGCUUAUUGCUGGCCUUAAGCAGGAGGGAAGGUUGAACGAGGUCCUAGUUAUAUGCUCUGAAAUGAAAGUUAAAGGAAUGGCAGAUUGGGGCUCUAUUGAAGAUCUAUCUGCUGUUGCUGAAACAAACCAAGGAUCUAUCUGAUACCACUUAAAGGAUCAACACUUAGCCAGUGAAUACAACAUCCUACAAUGAACAUUUGGUGAGAUUUUCUCAUCUACUAUGACUAUAAAUUAUCUGCUGCUGCUAAACAAUCUAAGUCUGGUGC